GUAAGAGAGGAAUUGAUGAUUGAAUUUUUAUUUUAUUUUAUUUUAUUUUAUUUUUUUGGCAGGCAUAUAGAUAAGAAUUUCUUCACUGGUCCCUUGCCUGCAUUUAUUGGAAAUUUGUCUCAGUUGAUGCGACUAUCCAUUGCUUACAAUGUAUUCUCUGGGUCAAUUCCCAAGGAGCUUGGAAACCUUAAGCAUCUAAUUUCACUUUCCUUAGCAAUAAAUAAUUUCUCUGGAACACUCCCUCCUGAACUUGGUAAUUUGGUCAAGCUUGAGAUACUUUACUUAAACAGUGCUGGAGUUGGUGGUGAAAUUCCCUCCACAUUUGGCAAUCUUCGAAACAUGCAAUUUAUGUGGGCAUCAGACUGUCCAUUCUCAGGCAAGAUUCCCGACUUCAUUGGGAACUGGACAAAGCUAACUAAUCUGAGAUUUCAAGGGAACUCUUUUGAAGGUCCAAUACCAUCCAGUUUUUCUCAAUUGACCUCAUUGACUUCUCUGCAAAUCAGUGAUAUAUACAAUGUGAGCUCUUCUCUUAAUUUCAUCAAAAAUUUGAAGCACUUGACUGUGUUAUUUUUAAGAAAUGCAUUAAUAAACGAUACCAUUCCAUCUGACAUUGGAGAAUUCCAAAAUUUGCAACUACUGGAUUUGAGUUUCAAUAACUUAAAAGGCCUACUCCCUAGAGCUUUGUUCAAUAUGAGUUCUCUUACAUCCUUAUUUCUUGGAAACAAUAAUUUGCAUGGACCACUCCCAUCAGAAAAGAGUGAUAAACUUCAGUAUAUAGAUUUGUCGUACAAUUACCUAUCAGGAAGUUUUCCAUCGUGGGUAGCCUCAAUAUCAGAACUAAACCUAGUGGCCAACAACUUCACAAUUGGCAGCACAAAUACUAUAGCUCCUCGUGGAUUGCAUUGCCUUCAAAGAAACUUUCCAUGCAAUAGAAAUAACCCACGCUUUGCAACCUUCUCAAUCAACAGUGGGGGACGAGAUAUAAGGGGAACUGUUGAUGGCAUCCUUUAUGAGGCCGAUGACACACCUCUUAGCCAAGUAAAGUUUUAUGUAUCUGAUACACAGAAAUGGGCAAUUAGCAAUGCGGGAUUGUUUUUAGAUAGAGAAGAUCCACUAUAUACUGUGAACACCGAAGCACAAAUCACUGGCUUCAAUGUGACUCCAGAGCUUUUCCAGACGGCAAGGAUGUCUCCAGGAUCUCUCAGAUACUAUGGUCUUGGUCUUGAGAAUGGACGUUAUACUAUAAUCAUGCAAUUUGCUGAAAUUGGUUUUGAUGAUCGAAGCUCACAAAAGUGGACAAGUCUAGGAAGGCGAGUGUUUGAUAUCUAUAUCCAGGGAAACCUUAAAUUGAAGGACUUCGACAUAUCAAAGGAAGCAGGAGGAGUUUUCAGAGCAGUUGUUAGGAAUUUCAAUGUUACAGUGACAGAGAACUAUCUUGUUGUUCAUCUUUUCUGGGCUGGUAAAGGGACCUGUUGCGUACCUAGUUAUGGUUAUUAUGGUCCACUGAUAUCAACUAUCCGUGCUGUUUCAGAUUUUCCCCCUACUGUUGCAAGAGGGAAAAGUAGAACAUGGUUGAUUGUUGGUAUUGCAGUCCCCGUUGGGAUUUUGUUCCUUGUUUUGGCAUUCGCAGUAUUCUAUAUGAGUAGAAAAACAGUCAAAGAUGAUGAAGAGCUUUUUGAAUUAGGCCCCCGAACAAACACUGUCACUUAUGCUGAAUUAAGAGCCGCCACUGAAGAUUUCAAUUCUUCAAACAAGCUUGGGGAGGGUGGAUAUGGCCCGGUUUACAAGGGUACACUCUCUGAUGGGAGGGCAGUAGCUGUAAAGCAACUUUCAGUUGCAUCACCGCAAGGAAAGAGUCAAUUUAUAACUGAAAUUGACACCAUAACUGCAGUACAACAUCGCAAUCUAGUGAAAUUGUAUGGAUGCUGCAUUGAAGGAAGUAGACGAAUCUUGGUUUAUGAAUAUCUUGAAAACAAAAGUGUCGAUCAAGCACUCUUUGAAAAAAAUGAAUUGCAUCUUGAAUGGCUUACUCGCUUCAAUAUAUGCUUGGGAACAGCUAGAGGACUUGCUUAUCUUCAUGAGGAAUCAAGGCCACGGAUUGUGCAUAGAGAUAUCAAAGCUAGUAAUAUAUUGCUUGAUGCUGAACUUUGUCCUAAAAUAUCAGAUUUUGGACUGGCCAAGCUCUAUGAUGACAAGAAAACUCACAUUAGCACUCGAAUUGCAGGGACAAUAGGAUAUCUGGCACCAGAGUAUGCAAUGCGUGGGCACCUGACAGAAAAGGCAGAUGUUUUCAGUUUUGGUGUUGUUGCUUUGGAGAUUCUCAGCGGGAGACCAAACUCCGACAACAGCUUAGACUGUGAAAAGAUUUAUCUCCUUGAAUGGGCAUGGACAUUACGUGAAAAGAAGCAGAGUUUGGGGCUGGUGGAUCCUAGAUUAACAGAGUUUGAUGAAGACGAAGCCACCAGAGUGAUCGGAGUGGCUCUGCUUUGCACUCAAGCAUCACCGAUGAUGCGACCGGCAAUGUCACGUGUGGUGGGCAUGCUUACUGGAGAUAUUGAAUUAGACACUAGUGGUAUAUCAAAGCCAAGUUAUUUGACAGAUUGGAAUUUUAAAGAUACAACAAUGAGCUUCCUUGAGGAGGAGGAUUCUACUCCAUUAACUAAAUCCAUGGAAAGCAAUUCCAACGACAAGAUUCAACAUGGCACUACAACUAGUUCAAGCCCUGGUGUUGAUAUUUCACCUUCUCCUGUAAAUGUUACUGAAGCAAUGUUUAGCGACAUUAUCAAAGAUGGAAGAAUCAUUUUCAAGUUUUAUGUAAACCUAAAGAAGAUGAGUCUGAGCUGGUUGAAGACGCCGUCCUUCCGUCCUCGCUUGCAUUCUUGCUUUUGGUGGCCUUUUAUCUUCUUCUUCUUCUUCUUCUUCAUAUCACCUAACAAUUCAAUAGCUCAAAACGCCACCACAGACCCUUCUGAAGUGAAGGCGUUGAACUCAAUUUUCAAAAAAUGGGAUACAAAAGCGGUGGAAAACCUGUGGAAUAUAAGUGGAGAGCCAUGCAGCGGAUCUGCAAUAAAUGGGACAGACUGGGAGGACCCUGCUAAUAACCCUUCCAUCAAAUGUGACUGUUCUUUUCAAAAUGCCACCAUUUGUCACAUCACUCAAUUGAGAGUCUAUGCUUUGGACAAAACAGGAGUGAUUCCAGAAGAGAUUACAGCUUUCAAAUACCUGGCCUUUUUGAAGCUGGACCAAAAUUACUUCACUGGUCCCUUGCCUGCAUUUAUUGGAAACUUAUCUGCACUACAGCUGCUAUCCAUUUCAAUCAAUGCAUUCUCAGGGACAAUUCCAAAGGAGCUUGGAAACCUCAAGGAUCUUAAUAUGCUUGCCUUUGGAUCAAAUAAUUUUUCGGGAACGCUCCCUUCAGAACUUGGUAACUUGCUCAAGCUUGAGCAAAUCUACAUGGACAGUGCUGGGGUUGGUGGUGAAAUUCCUUCCACAUUCUCUAACCUUCGUAACAUGCAAAUUAUGUGGGCAUCAGACAAUCCAUUCACAGGCAAGAUCCCUGACUUCAUUGGAAACUGGACAAAGCUAACUACUUUGAGAUUUCAAGGGAACUCUUUUGGUGGACCAAUACCAUACAGUUUUUCUCAAUUGGCGUCACUGAAUUCUCUGAGGAUCAGUGAUAUAUACGAUGUGAGCUCUUCUCUUAAUUUCAUAAACAAUUUGAAGAACUUGACUGACUUAGUUUUAAGAAAUGCAUUGAUAAAUGGUAGCAUUCCAUCUGAUAUUGGAGAAUACCAAAGUUUACAAAUACUGGAUCUAAGUUUCAAUAACUUGAAAGGCGAACUCCCAAAUGCUUUGUUCAAUAUGAGUUCUCUUGCAAACUUAUAUCUUGGAAACAAUAGCUUGUCAGGAAACCUUCCUAGGCAAAAGAGUGAUACACUUCAGACCAUAGAUUUGUCCUACAAUUACUUAUCAGGAAGUGUUCCAUCAUGGGUAUCCUCAAUAUCCGAACUGAACUUAGUGGCCAACAACUUCACAUUUGAUAGGUCAAACGUAUCAGUUUUUCCUGGACUGAAUUGCCUUCAAAGAAACUUUCCAUGCAAUAGAAAUACCCCACGCUAUGCAAACUUCUCAAUCAAAUGUGGAGGACCAGAGAUGAAAGCAAGCAAUGGCAUCACUUAUGAGGCCGAUAAUUCAUCUCUUGGUCCAGCAAUGUUUUAUUUAUCCAGUACAGAGAAAUGGGGAAUUAGUAAUGUUGGAUUCUUUGCUGAUAGACAAGCUCCACAAUAUUUUGAGAACACCCUAACACAAGUCACCGGAACGGAUCUGACCCCAGAGCUUUUCCAGACUGCAAGGAUGUCUCCAGGAUCUCUUAGAUAUUAUGGUCUUGGUCUUGAGAAUGGAUCUUACACCAUAACUCUACAAUUUGCAGAAAUUGGUUUUGAAGAUCGAAGCUCACAAACUUGGAAAAGUCUAGGAAGGCGUGUUUUCGAUAUCUAUAUCCAGGGAAGGCGCAGGUUGAAGGACUUCGACAUAUCAAAGGAAGCAGGUGGAGUUAAUAGGGUAACUGAGAGGAAAUUCAAUGUUACAGUGACAGAGAACUAUCUUGACAUUCAUCUUUUCUGGGCUGGCAAAGGGACCUGUUGCAUACCCAGUCAAGGUUAUUAUGGUCCAUUAAUAUCAACUGUCCGUGCUGCUCCAGAUUUUACUCCUACUGUUUCCGGACUUCCACCAACUAUUGUUAAGGGAAGGAAGAACAGGACAGGGUUGGUUGUUGGCAUUGCAGUCCCUGUUGGGAUUUUGGGCUUCAUGUUGGUAUCUGCUGUAUUCUAUAUGAGGAGAAAAAAAGACAAUGAUCUUGAGGAAGAGCUCUUCGAAUCAGGCAACCGACCAAACAUUUUUGGUUAUGCUGAAUUAAAAGCUGCCACAGAAGACUUCAAUCCUUCAAAUAAGCUUGGAGAGGGUGGAUACGGCCCUGUGUACAAGGGUACACUUUCUGAUGGGAGGGUAGUAGCCGUAAAGCAACUUUCAGUAGCAUCACAUCAAGGGAAGAAUCAAUUUAUAACUGAAAUUGACACCAUAUCUGCUGUACAACAUCGCAAUCUAGUGAAAUUGUUUGGAUGCUGCAUUGAAGGGAAUAGACGCAUCUUGGUCUAUGAGUAUCUUGAAAACAAAAGCGUUGAUCAGGCACUUUUUGAAAAAAAUGAGUUGCAUCUUGACUGGCUCACUCGCUUCAAUAUAUGCUUGGGAACAGCAAGAGGACUUGCUUAUCUUCAUGAGGAAUCAAGGCCACGGAUUGUACAUCGAGAUGUCAAAGCUAGUAAUAUAUUGCUUGAUGCAGAACUUUGUCCUAAAAUAUCUGAUUUUGGACUGGCAAAGCUCUAUGAUGACAAGAAAACCCACAUCAGCACGCGAAUUGCAGGAACAAUAGGAUAUUUAGCACCAGAGUAUGCAAUGCGUGGGCACCUGACAGAAAAGGCAGACGUUUUCAGUUUUGGUGUUGUUGCUUUGGAGAUUCUCAGCGGGAGACCAAACUCCGACAACAGCUUAGACAGCGAAAAGAUUUUCCUCCUUGAAUGGGCAUGGACUUUACAUGAAAGGAAACAGACUGUGGGGCUGGUGGAUCCUAGAUUAACUGAGUUUGAUGAAGAUGAAGCUACCAGAAUGAUUGGAGUGGCUCUGCUUUGCACUCAAGCAUCACCAAUGAUGCGACCGGCAAUGUCGCGUGUGGUGGGAAUGCUUGCAGGAGAUAUUGGAAUAGACACUAGUGAUGUAUCAAAGCCAAGUUAUCUAACAGAUUGGAAUUUUAAAGAUGUAACAAGAAGCUUCUUGGAGGAGGAGGAUCCUACUCCAUCAGCUACAUCUAAGGAUAGUAAGAGCCAUGACAAUAUUCAACAUGGCAACCCAACUAGUUCUAGCCCUGCUGUUGAUAUAUCACCUUCUCCUGUAAAUGUUACUGAAACAAUGUUCAGUGACAUUAUUAAAGAUGGUAGGUAAGAAUGCCUCCUCUCUUUAGAUUUUUGAGGGCUACUCUAGUUUCCACUAAUGGUGAAAAUUCAUGCAUAUGUAGUAGAGUGAGAUUGUAUCAAUCAGAUUAUUAUGCUCUGGAAAAAUAUUUAUCACAUUUAUUUUGGAUUGAUGUAUCAAUAAGUUGGAUUUAGUUAAGUGAAGUAAAUAAUAAGCUUUAAAAAAAUUAUGCAAAUA